AUGUCUCACAACCUCACCAACAACGCCUUGACGGCCGUCAAGGGAUUCUUGGAUCCUCAAAUAUCCAAUGGUCGCCUCAACCCCGUUCACCUUGCAAUUGCCACCCGAGGUUACUGGAUACAGUCGCACGUGUUGCACAUCCCCGACCGAUUCGGCUUCUUCUCGUCCGGUCCUCCCCGUCUCCAGAUGUAUCAGAGUGCCUCGUUUGCUUUCUUGACUGUCGGUGUUGCCUUUUCAACCGUCUGGGGGGCGCUCACUGUCUUAUUGGCCAAACUCAUGGGGCGGCCAAUUUCUAGGUUGGCAGGGGCGAUGGGGGUCUUACAGAUUGCCGUGGUAGCUGUUAUCUGGGCGGCUUUGGCGUGUUUCGACCAUCGCCGUGCGCUGGACUACGACUGGGGAGACUGGAAGCGGCGGAAAGAAUGA